CAGAAAUUUGAACAACGACCUCCACCAGACGAGAGGAAAUUAACUCCGCCGGUUUAUCUCAACAUGACGUCACGUGUUGGCCCUCGAGCUGCUGGCGCUAACGGCACCGACUUCAAACACAGAGAAAAGGUGGUCCCACAUUACCAAAUGAGUGCUUCCCUAAAGUCAGAGGUGCGGAAGUUAAACUUGGUCCACCUUGUGAUCUGGCUGCUGGUAGCUGCACAGGUGACUGUCAGCCACUUCAACCUGGUGUCACAUGACAUGGUGUCCAUGCCGUACCAGUGGGAGUACCCCUACCUGCUCAGCCUCCUGCCUCUGCUCUGCAGCAGCCUGUCUCUCCCAAAGAACAAUAUCAGCUACCUGGUCAUAUCCAUGAUCAGUGCAGGGCUGUUCUCUGUGGCGCCUCUUAUUUAUGGUGGUAUGGAGAUGUUUCCUGUAGCACAGCAGCUUUACCGGCAUGGAAAGGCCUACCGCUUCAUUUUUGGCUUCUCUGCAGUGACUGUUAUGUACCUCAUCAUGGUGGUUGCUGUUCAAGUGCACGCCUGGCAGUUAUAUUAUAUGAAAAAACUAUUAGACUCAUGGUUCAACGCCACUCAGGAGAAAAAGAAGAAAUAAUGGAGUAAAGAAAGCUUUGAUUGAGCUAAACUGUGUUUUUAUCUUAAUUUAUACAUGGUGUAUGAAUCUCAGUUAUGUCUACUUAUUUAGCCUUUGUUAUUAUAUAACAUCAUGCAUUAGAAACCGGUGUUUUCAGAUACAGAAAUGUAAACUUAGGUAAGCUCUGCAAUUUAUACAUUUCUGUAUCAUUAUUAUUUAUUUGAGGCACACAUAAUGAGAGGGCUGUACUACGAAGCAACACUGUUAGGUUAGCUAGAUAUGUUGGGUCUUGAAACGGCUAUUGUGAUACUCAUUGUCUCUGGGAUUUUAGGUUUCCUCAGAGCAACUCACACAAAGAAAACCUGGAUAUGUCAAACUUGCUUCCUAGUACAAGCCAAGAUAAAGUUGUAGUCUCUCAAAGAACAUUGUUAUUAUUUGGAAAGAAUAGAUAUAGAGGUAAAGACUGUAACUGUUUCCUAAAAACAAAUUUUGCUUAGAAAUUGUUCUCUUAUGUGUAAAAUGAAGUAGAUUUGCCUUUGCUGCAGAUGUGCUGAUGCUGUCUCCUUCAUUAAAUCUCAUAAUGUUUUGUUUUGUUUUGUUUUUUUGUAAAUUGCAGUUAAGCAAUAAAAUAAAGAUGUUAAUAUAUGUCUA